UUAAGAAAUGUUUCUGUCAGAGUCGGAGGAUGAGUUAGAACAGCUCCACUCGGAUUUAGACUCUGAGAGCGAGAACAGCGAUGGCAGUCUGGACGAGGACUACAUUCCGAAGGGACAGGCCCGAGGAUCAGACCAGGAAGACUUAACUGAUGAGGACAGUUCAGACGAGGAGUGGAAUGGUACGCCCACGAAGAGAAGAGCCUCCAGGAAGCGUUGCCGCUCUGUUUCUGCUUCUCAAGUGUCAUCGCCCCUGAAAUCCCCGUCUAAGAAGUGGGAACAGAGUCCCCUCAGAAAGAAGACCCACUAUACAGCUACACCCAAAAAAGACUCCUCUUCGCCCAAUACUAGCAAGACAGUCUCCACUCCACGCAGGAAAACUCAAAGUGGAAAGAGGCAAUCAGAAAGUCGGCAUGUGAGGGAGGAUGAGGAUGAGGCAGAUGAUGGAGACAGAUGGCAUGACAUUGAUGAAGAAGACGUCGAGCCUCCUCAACCACGAUUCAGACCUGACAGGGACGUAGGGCCGCAGCUGAGCAGAACUGCGAAUUACACGCCACUCGAACUGUUCCAGCUGUUCUUCUCGACCACAGUAAUUGAUACGUUGGUAAAAAACACCAAUGCCUAUGGGGAAAAAAAAAGCCAAAGCCAGAAGGAAAGCUGGGUGCCUGUCAAAACAGCAGAUAUGUACUCCUUCAUCUGCCUUGUGCUCUACAUGGGUAUUGUACCGCUAAAAACUCUGAAAGAGUUCUGGAGAGGAUCUAAGCUGUUCAGCCUGCCAUUUCCUGCCUCUGUCAUGCCCUGCAGACGCUUCCUAGCCAUCUCUCGCAGUCUACACAUGAAUGAUCCUGCAGUUGAAGCGGCCAAUGACCAGAAGAAAGGGACACCAGGGUACGACAGACUUUGUAAGAUAAAGCCACUAUAUGAGCAGAUUUUGGAGGCCUGCCACACUUUCUUUCAUCCCUACCAGCAUAUCUCCAUAGAUGAACGCAUGGUGGCGAGUAAAGCAAGGUUCGGGUUUAAGCAGUACAUUAGAAACAAGCCGACUAAAUGGGGCUUUAAGCUUUUUGUUUUAGCAGACUCAGUGUGUGGCUACACCCUGAAUUUUUUUGUGUAUGUGGGAAGAGAAGGUCAACCCACAAGGAAGGGGCUAAGCUAUGAUGCUGUCAUGAGACUGCUGAACAUCCCCUUUCUAGGCAAAGGAUACAAGCUCUAUGUGGACAACUUUUACACCAGUCCAACUCUUUUCCUUGACCUCCUUAAGAGAAAAAUCUGGGCAUGUGGCACUGUUCGUUCCAACGUAGCUGGUUAUCCCCGAAAUAAAAGGAAUGACAUGCUCAAGAAAACACCAAGGGGAACUAUCCGGUGGCUCAGAAAAGGAGCGCUGUUGUUUGUUAAGUGGUUAGACACCCGGGAGGUAACAAUGUGUUCCACUUUACACAAAGCAUACAGCAAUGACAUGGCAAAGCGCAAAGUGAAAGACACAGAUGGACAGUGGACAGUGAAGCAGGUGCCUAUUCCAGGCUCUAUCAAAGAUUACAACCAGUACAUGGGGGGUGUCGACUUGUCAGACGCACUCAUUGGCUACUACAAUGUCCUCCAUAAAACCCAGAAAUGGUACAAAACUCUGUUUUAUCAUUUUGUGGACAUAGCCACUGUGAAUGCCUUCAUCCUCCACAAAGAAAUGUGCAAACUGCAGAAUCGGCAUAUAGUAACGCAGAAGAACUUCAGGGAACAACUGAUUCUGUCCCUGGCUGAGAUUGGGUCCACUCCACGCCGGUCAGCUCCACAAAACUUUAUGUUGCCUGCCUCUCCUUUCAAAGUGCCUUCUGCCUCACCAUCCAAAGUGCCUCCUGCUUCUCCAUUCAAAGUCCCGCCUGCCCCGACACCCCCCUCCCUGUCAACAGUGCCGCCUGCCUCCCCAUCCAAAGUGUUGCCGUCCUCCCCAUCCCAUGUACCGCCCACUUCACCUCCUUCCCCAUCCGAUGCCCCACCGGCCUCUGCUUCCACACUACCACCUCCUUCUCCAUCCACUGAGGUGCAACCUGCUACAUCCUCUGAUGCUCCAGGUUUAGGUCACCUACCAGCUUACUUUGUAGAACAAAUGAGCAAUGUGGCUCCCAGAGACAGGGCCACUGCUGGCAGAAGGGCAUGUGUGGUCUGCAAAAGAAAGUCGCCAGUCUAUUGCAGCACUUGUCAAAAAACACUUUGUUUCACUACUUUAAGGAACUGCUACAGUCUGUGGCACAGAAGCAAUAGUAUCUGUGUCUAAGUUACUUGUACAGUGGUGUGCAAAAGUGUUUGCCCCCUUCCUGAUUUCUUAUUUUUUUGCAUGUUUGUCACACUUAAAUGUUUCAGAUCAUCAAACAAAUUUAAAUAUUAGUA